AUGUCAACAACAGCAGGGAGCGAUCCACUCACAGCAGGCCUGAGUGCCGUGCCCGUCCAACACGAAGACAAGACGACCGCGUCUCUUCGAUUUGCCGAUAUUGGCAUCAACCUGAGUGAUCCUAUUUUCCGCGGCGUCUACCACGGCAAGAAGGCCCAUGACGACGACCUACCACAAAUUGUCCAACGUGCUCUUGGAGCGGGAUGCCGAAAGCUCAUGGUCACGGGCUCUGACCUCGAGGAGUCUCGGAAGGCCAUUGAUUUGGCUGAGCAAUACCCUGGCCUCUGUUACGCUACCGUCGGAGUGCACCCAUGUUCCGCCAUGACUUUCGACAAGUACGAGCAAGGCCCCGACGCACUGCUGUCCGCUCUCCGCGACCUCGCCAUCAAGACAAAGGCUGCCGGUACAGCAGCAGCGUAUGGCGAAUUCGGCCUGGACUAUGACCGACUACACUACGCCGACAAGGAGACUCAGAUCAAGUACUUUCGCAAGCAGCUCGAUAUUGCUGUCGAGGUACAGCUCCCAUUGUUCUUACACUCGCGCGCAGCAGCAGAAGACUUUGAAGCAAUCUUGAAAGAGAGACUGGACGAGCUGCCGCAAAGAGGAUGCGUACACAGUUUCACAGGAACACUGGAAGAGAUGAAGAACAUCGUGGCCAUGGGCUUUGACGUCGGCAUCAACGGAUGCAGUCUAAAGACAGAAGAGAACGUUCAAGUGGUCAGAGAAGUUCCCUUGGAACGCAUACAAAUCGAGACCGACGGUCCUUGGUGCGAGAUGCGACCUUCGCAUGCUUCGGCCAAGUAUCUCAAGGACGCACCCCAGCUGCCCAAAGCCGUCAAGAAAGAGAAAUGGACAACCGAGAACAUGGUCAAGGGCAGAAACGAACCUUGUACCAUCCCCAAUGUGGCUUAUGCUAUUGCCAAUAUCAAGGGCAUUUCGGUCGAGGAAGUAUGCGAAGCCGCUUGGAACAACUCGAUCAAGAUGUUUGGACUUGGUGAGAGGUAG